AGGAGACUGUAAGGCCUAAGGGUCGGUGGCCCCAAACCAUCCUCUGCUAAGGGACACACUAGACUGUGCUGUGUAAGGGCUGCAUAAUAGGGACAUAAAUUACCCUCCAUUUUUCGUUUUGCUACUUCAUUACACUAAAUUAUUUCCCCUCACAGAAUGCACACUUAACAAGGAUAUCAGGAAAAUGUAUAAGCCAAACAAACGGACAAAAGAGAGAAAGAGAGAGAGAAAAAAAUGAGAUAUGGGUAUGCGUAUGGGGUGGACAAGUAUGCUUACUAUUAUUUAUGUAGAACGCAUCAAAUGAUUGAGAAAUAAGGGAAGAAGAAGAACAAGAAGAAGCGGCUAGUUACUCAAGAACCAAAAUUUUAUGCAUAACAAAACAAUAGCUAGCUAGCUAGAGAGAGAUAGAGUGAAAAAAGAGAGAGAUAUGAGUAGGUUUUCAGAGUGAUGUUGUUUUCUUCCUCUCUUCCUCUCAGAAUUCUUGCUGUCUCUUUUUGAUAAAAUUCUUCUUGGUGUUUUCUGGGUUUAAUCUGAAACCUUUUUCAACAGACAACAAAAAUCAAACAUACAUAUAUAGCCUCACUCAGGUCCUUGUUCUUUCUCCUUUUUUAUUUAUAUGUCUUUUGUUUCCCUUCUUCUUCUUCUAUUCUGCUUAUAUUAUUUCCAACAGACAAGUUUUUUACUUUUCUUUGAGAACUUCCAGAUUUGCUCUCAACUUUGGAAAACAACAUGGCUUCUGGUUCCUCAUCCACACCCUUUUUGGGAAUCAGACAAGAAAAUCAAACUCAGGUUUCACAACAGCACCAAUCCUCCACAGCUGCUUCCUCAUCUACUACUACUACUACUUCUACUACUACCACUCCAACCACAAUGCCUCAGAAGAAAAGAAGGAAUCAACCAGGAACACCAUAUCCAGAUGCUGAGGUGAUAGCACUGUCUCCGAAGACUCUAAUGGCAACAAACAGGUUUAUAUGCGAAGUGUGCAAUAAAGGGUUUCAAAGGGAGCAAAAUCUACAGCUUCACAGAAGAGGACACAAUCUGCCAUGGAAGCUGAAGCAGAAGAGUAACAAAGAGCCAAAGAGAAAGGUUUAUCUGUGUCCUGAGCCCACAUGUGUUCAUCAUGACCCUUCGAGGGCUCUUGGAGACCUCACUGGCAUUAAGAAACACUACUCUCGCAAACAUGGUGAGAAGAAAUGGAAGUGUGACAAAUGCUCCAAAAAAUAUGCUGUUCAAUCAGAUUGGAAGGCUCACUCCAAAACCUGUGGCACCAGAGAGUAUAGAUGUGACUGUGGCACCCUCUUCUCCAGGCGUGACAGUUUUAUCACUCAUAGGGCCUUUUGUGAUGCUUUAGCACAUGAGAAUGCAAGACACCCUUCAAACCUGAACCCUUUGGGAGCUCAUCAUCUGUAUGGCACAAACCACAUGAGCCUAGGCCUAGGGGCCCAACUGCAGAACCAAGCAGCUUCUGCUAACAGCUUAUUGAGCCUUGGAAGUGCACAAAAGUUUGAGCACUUAAUCUCUCCUAAUCUGCACCACUCCUCUUCAUUUGGAGUGCAGUCACCAUCCCAUUCAUCAUUCUUCAUGACUGACCCAAACCAAGCAUUUCAAGACCUUCAUCAGUCUCAGCAACAAGGACCCUUAUUCUCAACCAAGCAACUCCACGGUCUUAUGCAACUCCCUGAUCUUCAAGGAACCACCACCAACAACUCCACCUCUGCCUCAUCAUUAUCUGCUUCAGCUAACAACGCCAAUCUCGUCAACCUCAGCUUCUUUCCUAAUACCAAUACCCGUGGCAGCAUAAUCAACGACCAAUUCAGCAACAUAAGUGGAGGCAAUGACCAAGGAACAACAACACUCUAUAAUUCUAGUAGCCCUGUAAGUAACCAAGUUGGUUCAGGCUUGUCUUCAGUCUUUGGUAAUUCUUCUUUGCAACAAGAUAGCAUGUCCCCUCACAUGUCAGCCACUGCAUUGCUUCAGAAAGCAGCUCAAAUGGGUUCAACCACCACCACUAAUGGUCACUGCUCUCUUCUGAGAGGAACGGAAGAAUUAGGUAUAAGGUCAAGGAUGGAGAGUGAGCACAGUAACCAUCUGCGCGGAUUGAUGAACUCCUUUGCCAAUGGAAACGCUUCCAUGUUUGGCAACGUGAAAGGGAAUGAAAACAACCUUGGCCAGUUUCACAACGUUUCGGAGGAGCCUAAGAAGAUGUCACAAAACCUUGGUUUGUGCUUUGGAGGGUCUGAUAAGUUGACCUUGGACUUUUUGGGGGUUGGAGGAAUGGUCAGAAACAUGAACAGUGGUGGAUUUUCACAACGAGAGCAACAACACUCCAUGGGAACUAUGAGCCCCUUGGAUCCUAAAUUGGAAUCAGCACAAGCAAACCAACAUUUCGGAGCCUCGACACUCUAAAAAGUUGGUGAGAAAAACCUUCAAAGGGAUUAGUUUCUUCCCGUCAACAAGAAGUAUUCCGAAUGCACACUCAAAAAAAAAAACACAAUUUGUUAGGCAGAAAAAAUGUUUAUUGUUUUAGAUAUAUGUUGGAGUUCUUAAGUUUUCCCUUUUGAAGAAAGUUCCAGUGGCAAUUGCUAAGUUAGGGUUUCGUUUCUAAAGUAUGCUAUAUCCAUGUAUUUUUCUUGAAACAUAUGUGGGUCCCUUUUCCCCUUUCACUCACUUUCACUGUGGAAAUUUCAUUCUCUUUGACAGUGAUAGAUAUCUAAUAAAUUUACUGUUGCAUUGAAUU